UCGAUGACUCUGGUCGCUCAUGGUGUUCUUCCGGCUCUCGGUAUGCCAGCAUUACCCACUUACCCAAGUCUGCCGGUGCUGCCUUUACAACACGAAGAGGUACACUUGUCCACGGCGCAAGUGACAACUUCUCCAUGAACGAGGAUUUUAAACCACAGCGUUGGCUCAAGUUCAAUGACACGGUAGUAGAGGAGGUCGAAAUGACGGACGAGUUCCUAGAACAGGAGUGUUUCGGCGGUGCCUACACAACACAGUGUCCUG